AUGUUAAAACUACGGCAGUUACAAAAGCAGAAACAACAAGAAAUCAAUAAGAAAGGAAGCACCUCAUCGCCCUGUACAUCUGCCGCAAGAACUCGGUUACAAAGAGAUCUAGAUUCGUUGGAAGUACCACCAACCACUCAACUACAAAUUUUACGGGCUCCCACGGAUCAAUCGCGCGAUCCGCCACUAUUACGACUCAUUGUAUCGCCCGAUGAGGGAUUCUACCGCAAAGGACACUUCACCUUUGAAAUGACUUUCACUGAAAAAUACCCAAUUGAACCACCACAAGUCCGUUGUAUGAAUCAGAUAUUCCACCCAAAUAUCGAUCUCCAAGGCAAGAUCUGUCUGAACAUUCUUCGUGAGGACUGGUCGCCCGCACUGGAUUUACAAAGCGUUAUUAUUGGUAUAUUAUUUCUCUUCCUAGAGGUGAGCGGUCGAGAUCCACUGAACAAACAGGCUGCCAGUCUUCUUGACGAAAAUCCCAACAAGUUUUCCAGACUCGUACAACAGACAAUGGCCGGCUACAGCCUCGAUGGACAACAUUAUGACAAUGUUUUGAACUAA